CCUGGCUGCAUGAUCAAAUCACGACAGCUGUUCUGCAGCAGACCAAAGUUGGAACGUCACUUCCGGGAGCGCCUGUUUGGUGUUUGUGACAGUAGAGAGAUCUAUUUUCAAAUAUUAAGUAAUAGCGGAGGUAGUUCCGGUGCAUGAAUAAAUUCCUUGCAGUGAAAACGAGGGUUAAAUCGCUUUCCAGGAGAAGGAUAUGUCGGACCGAGAGAGCGGAGAUGAGCAGCCUCAGGGGCAAAGUAAAUAUCAUGGACAGGCAGGAGGUCUGGAGACUGGCGGAAGCUCAGACUUCGAUUCCGGGCAGCAACAGCAGGGGGAACAAGAGCUGGCCACAAAGAUGUUGCAGAUUCAGUCUAAGAGGUUUUACCUAGAUGUAAAACAGAACAGAAGAGGACGGUUCAUCAAAGUGGCAGAAAUUGGGGCUGAUGGUAGGCGGAGUCAAAUUUUCCUAGCCCUGUCAACAGCGGCAGAAUUUAGAGAUCACUUGUCGACAUUUAGUGACUUUUAUGCAUCAUUAGGCCCGCCAAAUCCAGAGAAUGUCCCAGAGGAUGGGAAGCUCAAAUCUGAGAUGAUGAUCAAGGACAACCGGCGCUACUAUCUGGACCUAAAGGAAAACUCGCGUGGACGAUUCCUAAGGGUGAGUGUAUCACAGACCAUCACACGAGGAGGGCCAAGGUCACAAAUCGCCAUUCCCGCUCAGGGGAUGAUUGAGUUCCGGGAUGCUUUGACAGAUCUCCUUGAAGAAUUUGGCACCGAUGAUGGAGGAUUCAAAGGCGAGCUGCCUGAGGGACGGCACAUGAGAGUGGAAAAUAAGAAUUUCUACUUUGACAUCGGACAGAACAAUCGUGGCAUCUACAUGCGCAUUUCCGAGGUGAAGACCAAUUUCCGGACGGCCAUCACAGUUCCAGAGAAGUCCUGGGCCCGUUUCCGAGACAUCUUCGCAGAUUACUGUGAGAAGAUGAAAGAAGGAGGCGAAAAAGUGUCUGUAGGUGGUGGUUCUGAUGGGGGACCUAGUGCAAAGUGAGGGUUAGCCAACCAUUAGGACGUCAAAUAAAACAUGAGAAAAAUAUUGAAAGUAAUCACAAACCAUAAAAGGCUAAAAGAUUUAAAACCCUAAGACAUUUGAAACAAGAGACUUUUCCAUCCAAGGACAUAAAAAAUUUAAUUGUAAUUUUGAGGAGUUUUUAAAAAAAGGUCAAUAAGGUAAUGAGUAAAAGUUUAUAGACUGGAAUUCGGGGCUGUCAAAGAUAGUGAGGAGAAGAAUUAUUCUUUCGUUCUGGAGAAGAAAAAAAUGGUUACUUCAGCUAGCUGAUGCAUCCGUGAUGGAAGGCGACUGUUCAUUUGGAUGCUCCUUUACUCCUGAAGAUGGUUACAGCACCCUGUCAUUGAUGUUUAUGAACAUGGUUUUUUGGAUCAGAAACUUGCCUCGGAUUGUUUCUUUAGUUUUUAUGAAAACGGUGUUGAAAAGAUAAUUGUUUCUGUAUUUUAAAAAUGGAAAAUGCCAUAUUUGCUCGUUUUGUUAGGAAAUGUUGAUAAAAGUUGCUAUUUCUUGUGUGUGUCUGUGAGAGAGAGUGAUUGUGUGCGCGCGCACACACAUGUGUAUCAACAUGUUCUCAUGGUUUAGGUCAUACAGCUUAAGGGGUUGAUUUAAAGGAAGUAUGCAAGUAUGAAAUUAGGAUUGUAUUAUCAUAAAAGUUUUAACAAGUUUAAAUUUGGAAAUUCAUAUUGAUUUUAAGAAAAUGCUGGUGUGAUAUGGGGAUGAUCCUUUCAUUCAGUCAGAAUGUAGUGAUUUAUGUGUGUAUAUAUAUGUAUAUAUAUAGUACACAAUUUUGAAAGCGGGGAUGUGCUUGUUUGCACAUUCACGUGUGUGUUUUAUGAUUGCUUCAUUUUGUCAGAUUUGUACAGGAAUUUGCUGGAUGUGUUGGAGUUAAUUUUGUUUACUUAACGUAUGUUGUUAUGUUUCAGUUCUUAGUUAAAGAAUCAACAUUGUAUGCUUUAUGAGGAAAUGUGUGUUGCUGAAAAUUACUUGUUAAAAAUCAAAUUCUACUCAUUAAUUUAAUUCAGAUUUUUAUUGCUUUAGGCCCUACUUAUGGCAUUUUCAGAACAUCUUUAGGUGCCAAUUUUAAGACAGUUUUAACAGAUCCACAGGUUUCUAAAAGGAACACCAAAUUAUAAAUGGCUACAGUUGAGAAUCUGUUAAAACUAAAUACAUUGUUUCUGAGGUGGGAAUAUUAGACAUUUUAAUUAAGUCAAUGGAAUACAGCCCAAGAGAGAAAUCAUCUGACUGUGGCAAAUGACUUGUGUAUGAGUAAAGUUUUAAACCUGUGGAGUAACUGAGUGGAUGCAUGAAGUGCUGCAAUGUGAGCAUCGCUGCCAGGUCCAGAAGAGAUCACAAAGUGAUGUUAACAUAAUGAGAAACUGCAUUGUCGUUAAUGAUAAGAACGUCUCAGAUGUACGUUUAUAAAACAAACGAUCAGCUACAAAACUCUGCCAUCCUAAGUCAAAAGAUGUGAACAUUAUAGAUGUAAUAAAAACAUGUAUUAAAGUGAAACUUACAAACUACAGCUUAGAAUAUUUCUAAGUGUGUUAAGAAAAAAUACAUGCUGAUAUGUUUAUACAGUGACAGUUAAAGAAGACCAUGUCGCUUUUUAACGUCAUUGUAAUGUGAAAUGAACCUAUGACUAGAAGUGAUGGACGAGAGCUAGGAAUGACUUCAGAGAAGACCUGAUCGACCAUCAGAUGAACAAGAAGGAACUAGGAAGGUCACAUUUAAUAAGAUUUCUGAGAUGCUUUGUUUCAGUUGAAGUUGAUGCCAAGUGGUUUUUUAGUCAUGUAACAGGAUAGCCUGUGCAUACUUCCAGAUUGCUAUGGUUUCCUAAGCAAGAGAGAAAACUGGUUGAAGUUUAUGAAUUUUUGAGUUUAAAAUUAUAAAAUAUAUAUUGAGUUGUAAAAUAUAGAGCUAUCACACUUGUUGGUAAUUUAUUUUCUGUUUAGGAUGUAGAUGAUAAAUUUUACAGACUAAGUUUUCAUUACUCUUUGUUACUAACAAAGUUAUGAAAAUUCAUUGUUAAGUUGCAAAGAAAUGAUUACAGUUUCAUAUUGUGCAAGGAAGCUUAAUAUUUGAACAGCCACUGUAAAGGAUAUGAAACCACUAAAGCUAAUUGUAAGUUAUUUUUUUUAAAAAAGGAAAUUAUUCUUAAUCAAAAAAAGUAAGAAAAAAAGAAAGAAAAAACAACAAAGUGUCCUCGCAAUGUGCGCUGCACGGCAGUGAACUCUAUGCAGAGGGCAUGUAACACAAUCCCACAAAACUGCCAUGUAAUUAGAUUAAAAUAGAAAGACAUUGGUGGCUUGUGUUUGUACAAUAAUAAUAAUAAUAAUAUAAUAAUGAUGACGUGAAAACAUGACAUCAAAAACCAAGUUUGUAUAUAAAUAAUUAUGAAGACCAAUAUCAGAUCUGUUGGUAGUCUUCAGUCAACAGACAGAUUUGAGAUGGGCAAUAUUACAUUUGACAUAAUUUAAGAAAUGUGUUAAUAUGUUGUAGGUGGAGUCUGCCCGCAGUUUUUCAUUUAAAGAUGAAGCUGAACGUGGGUCUCGCAAACCCAGUCUUUCUCAGAAAUGUGCUUGUUCUACUCAUGAAAAUUUAAAACUGAAAUAUAUCAAAAUUUUUUGGAAUGACUUUCCUUCCAUUGUUGGAUGAUAUUAAUAUUAAUAUUUCCAGCAAGAACAGAAUGAAGCUGUAGAGUUAAAAGAAAUCAAUAGGCUAUAUAUAGGUUGUUCAAAAAGUUUUUGAGCAGUAGAAAGCAAAACAAAAACAAAAAAACUUACGUGUACAGUAGAAAUAUUUUUUUCUGUAGACAUGACACCAUUUUGUAUUCAAUGUUAUGUCAGCUGUAAACAACUGUCACAAGUCUGUGGUACCAAUGUAGACAAAAAUAACCACGUUACCAAUCUCUUCAUGUUGUUGACUUUCAACCACAUAUCUGCUGUAUAGAGACUUUUUGAACACCUUGUAUUUUGAAGAAAGUGAAGCAAAGAGACAAGACACUACAGUGUUCUGCAUAGGAACAUGCAAGACAAUGAUUUCAUUGUUGUGUUCUGUAGGAAUGAGAGGUGUAGGUAUCUAGGAUAUGAGAAGAGAUGACAUGUUAUUUAGUAUAAGGAAUAAUUUUGAAAAGAAAAAUACUUUAGUGAUGCUUAACACUGCCCAACUAACUUCUGUGCACUUGUUGGAGACCCUGCUGAAACCCCCAGAAGUUGACAAGAAGAAGCUUUAAUGUAUAGAAUUAACUCAGAUUACUUAUUUAAUAAUAAUAAUAAUAAUAUAUAUGCAUAUCUUUAUUAUAUGAAAGUUUUCAUUGUAGAUAGUAUGCAUUUUAUCAAAGGCUGCUGGGGACACAGGGUUCAGUGAUAGCAUUUGAAAUGAUUACAGGAACAAAUUUUGAAAGUACUUUGUCUUGUUGCAUUUCAUAAUUUCUAAUCUUACAAUUAAUGAUUUUUUUUCCCUUCAUUGGAUCCUCUUGGUUGUGACUUCAUGUGCAUGAGAGUUCAUCCAGUCUGUCACAUGUAAGUUUCUUGUGGUACUGUGAGGCAUCUCUAAGUUAAAAAAAAAAUUAUUUAAGUUGUUUUGUGGGUUUGCUGUAUCAUGUACUGUUAAUGGACACACUACACUUUGAAAAGAAAUACUAAUAAUAUUAAUUAGUGGUGUUAAUGGGAUUUAAACAGGAUCGAAGGAUGUAUGAAAAUGGGUAAUAGGUACUGUAGUUCAGAUCUACAACAUGUGAAGAAUAUGUUAUCACGGUGAUGGUAGCUGGUGGCAGGUAUGAACAGAAAGUUGACGUAGUAUUGUUCCUGAUACUUCUGUACAGUGAUUCUCCCCUAGUUAACUUUCCAACCAAUCCAGAAUGAGGAAAAUAUUAUAUAAGCAAUUUUUUUAAAUCCAGUUUAUUGCCCAUAUUCUGUUAAUUGUAGUUGAAUUUUCUGUCAAGAAGUUUUUCCGCUGAUUUGCAUUAUUAAGGGAAGCUGUAUAUUCCAGAACAAACAUUUUAAAAGUCUGUGCAGUUGGUAGAUCACGAUGUAUUUGAAUUUUAGGACUAAUUGGUAUAAAAUUAAUAAUUUUUUGUGUUAAAGAAAGUGGCCAUGUAAUUCAGUUAGUAAAGUAGAUAAUCAUGGUUAAAUUUCCUGUGAAAUCUCUGUUGUCCUCUUGGUUCAUCAUUGUUUCCAGUAACUAUGUGUGUUGCCUUUUAAUCAUGAUCUGGCGAUUUUCUUUUUAGUUGAAAUCAGAAAUAGGUGCGUGACACUGAAGUUCUUCAAAUAGUGGUUAUUUACUAGAAAUUCUUAUUAUGAAAUCAGAAGUUUUCUUUCUGGAGUUGGCACAGUUACUAGUUACCUAACUAGGCUGGACACAAAGAUUUGCUAACAUGAAUUCUGACUUGGUUAUUCUUAUGAACAAUAUUUGCUUAUGGUUAGAAACUGUGUAACUUAAAAUUUGCUCGGUAACUUUAUGGAGAAGUUACAUGUAUUUUCUAAAUUUAUGUAUUGUAUAUUAUGUGAUAUUAAAUACAUAUUUGAUAUUUCAUAAACACCUUCCCUUGGGGUUAGUUUCUGAGCAGUGGCCACUUACAAAUAGUGUAUGUUUAUGAGCAUCACUUUGAAGCAUUGUUGGUUACAGUUAAUGCUGCAUUGAAAUUUAGAACUCAACCACAAAAACAGUGUUUUAGUGCCACAUGUUUUAUUAGUUUUUCUCAAGUUUAAAAAGCAUUUUGAAAACUCUGUCAUAUUAAGUUCGCUUCUGUUAAUGACACUCCCCCUCCCCCAACCCAUUGAAUUUCACUGUACAGACUUCAGAAUUCACCAAUUAUACAAAAAUUCAGCUAUUCCAUGAAGCAUUUUCAUUAUGUACCAUAUGAAUUUCAUGCAUCCUUUACAUCUUUCAUAAAAACCAUUGCAUAUAUUAUUACUCUGUUAUAUGUAAAUAUGUUUGUAUACAGCUUAUGAAUCCUAACAUGUUUUCUUCCCCAAUAGUUUAAUUCAUUGUUCCCCACUCUGUUUUAUUACUGGCAAGAUUAUUGCUCCUGAAAUGCAAUUCAAAGACUAAUUUUUUUGGAGUCUGUAUUCACAAAAAAUUAGUUAAUUUCACUGAAUUAUGUAAUGUUCCAUAUAGGCUAAAAUAUGUGUAUUUUUAAACUGGAAAUUGCCUAUAAUUCAUCAUAAUUUUUCAGUCAUUGAAGGUAUUUUAUGUCUUGAAUAUAGCCUGUUUCACCAUGAAGGAACAGCUUCGGCAGUUUUGUCUUUUACAUAAAUGUACCCUGAUCCUCAGUUUAUUUUUUGUAUGUGUGUAUCUUGGCCAUUGCAAUAAAUUACAUCUGAUGUGUUAGUGGA